AACAAGGUUGGGACAAGUACCUCCUGCAACUCCAACUCCAUCCCCUUCGCACCAAGUUAUAUGGGUUUGCAUACUCAGGGCCAUUUGGGCAUUUUCUGCACAAGUUGAUGGACACUUUGUUCAAAGGAAAGAAGGGUAACAAAACUGUUGCUACAAAGGUCUUGUUGGAGCAGUUAACUUCUUCUCCAUGGAACAACAUGUUUUUCUUGAUGUACUAUGGCUUAGUAGUUGAAGGGAGGCCAUGGAGUGUUGUGAAAAACAAGGUCCGGAAGGACUACCCCUCCGUGCAAUUGACUGCAUGGAAGUUUUGGCCAAUAGUCGGGUGGAUCAACUACCAGUACAUGCCCCUGCAGUUGCGCGUUUUAUUUCACAACUUUGUAUCCUCGUGCUGGGCAAUAUUUCUGAAUCUGAAGGCCGCUAGAUCAUCAUCUUCAUCAUCAGUUGCAAUCAACAAGGCAUGAUGAGAAAGAAGGCAAUGCAAAGAUCAGU